AUGGCGGAACUUCUCAAAGAAGAUUCGAUCAUGAUUCGUGAGGUUUGGAAUGAUAAUCUACUUGAAGAAUUCGCAUUGAUCCGUGAGAUUGUUGACAAAUUCAGCUAUAUCGCUAUGGAUACUGAGUUUCCAGGUGUUGUGUUGAAACCAGUCGCUACUUUCAAGUACAAUAACGAUUUGAACUAUCGUACUCUUAAGGAGAAUGUUGAUUUGUUGAAAUUGAUUCAAGUUGGGUUAACAUUUUCCGAUGAGAACGGGAAUCUACCGACUUGUGGUACCGAUAAGUUCUGUAUCUGGCAAUUCAAUUUCCGUGAGUUUAACAUCGGUGAGGAUAUCUACGCGAGCGAGUCUAUCGAGCUUUUGCGUCAGUGUGGGAUUGAUUUCAAGAAGAAUAUUGAGAAAGGUAUCGAUGUGGUUCGGUUUGGUGAGCUUCUCAUGUCGUCUGGGAUUGUUUUGAACGAUGCGAUAUCUUGGGUUACGUUCCAUGGAGGAUACGAUUUCGGGUAUUUGGUUAAACUCUUGACUUGCAAGGAAUUGCCUCUCAAGCAAGCUGAUUUCUUCAAGCUACUAAGUGUGUAUUUCCCUACGGUUUACGAUAUCAAGCAUUUGAUGACGUUCUGCAACGGACUGUUUGGCGGAUUGAACAGACUCGCUGAGCUAAUGGGAGUUGAGAGAGUUGGGAUUUGUCAUCAAGCCGGGUCAGAUAGCUUGCUUACCUUAGGCUCGUUUAGGAAGCUUAAGGAACGUUAUUUCCCGGGAUCGACCGAGAAAUACACUGGUGUCUUGUAUGGUCUAGGUGUGGAAGAUGGUACUACUACUACUACUGUUGCUAAUUAA